AUGUCAUCACCAAAUCCUUCUAAGAGCAAGAAUGACGAAAACCUGAAGCUUCUUGUGAGCUGCAUUGUCAAUAGCGAGCAUCGCAAGCUCUUGAAGGUUGACUGGGACGUGGUCGCUAAAGAUGUUGAUGUACCCACUAGUGGCGCAGCUCGAAAGCGCUACGAGCGUGUUAUGAAUAGUUUUGGUUACACUGUCUGUGGCUCUUCUAAGAGCUCCCCCAAACCUGGUACUCCCUCGAAGCGCGGCACUGUCGAUAAAGUCGAUGAACCGGAGCAGACAACCCCGAAGCCUACCAAGAAGCGCAAGCAUCGGAGCCUUCUAACCGGCGCCAGGGAUGCCGAGCCCGAGAAGGAGCAAGAGACUGAGUGA